AUGAACAGAUUGAGUGCUCUUACAGAGACGAUAGUGUCUCGAGAUGAUGGCAGCCAUGCCGCUCACAUCUCAACCAUCACUCUGGGAGCCGCCAUAGCCUGCACAGUCUGGUAUGCCGCAGUCUCCUUAGUUUGCGCCGUAGGCUAUACACAGGUACGGCGACAUUACUCGCAUCCGCCAGCGAAAGCACAAGUCACCAAUUCCGACGCUCCUCACGUCACCAUCAUCCGCCCUGUAAAAGGACUAGAGCCUGCUCUUUACCAAUGCUUAGAGUCAACCUUCCUCCAGGAGUACCCGAAGGAAAAGUUGACUGUCUUUUUAUGUGUGGCCGAUCGCGAAGACCCCGCCUUCCCUGUGCUACAGCAACUCAUCAAGGACAAUCCGAGUUUCGACGCCCAUGUGCUUGUUGAAGAAGAGGACCCAGAGCUUCAGGGAGAUGCUGCAGACACAAGGCUUGGACCCAAUCCGAAAGUCAGGAACAUGAGUCGAGCUUACAGGGAAGCCAAAGGCGAUGUCAUCUGGAUUAUCGAUUGCAAUGUUUGGGUCAAUAGGGGCGCUUGUGGCAGAAUGGUCGAUACCUUGAUCGGCAACAGAGGCAUCAAAAACAAGUUUGUUCAUCUGCUGCCUCUUGUCGUGGAUAUCGCAGGUACACCCGUUCCGGAGAGUGCCCAAGGUCUCCUGGAAGGCCGCGACCCUGACAGCAACACACGCGUAGUCUCUACCAGUACCGCUGGACACCAAUUGCGGUCUUCCGACAAUGCCUCGCUAAACGUCUUGAGCGAAGGAGGCGGGAGAAUCGAAGAAUUGUUCAUGUCAUCGGCGCAUGCGAAGUUCUACACCGCCAUCAAUACUGUGCUGAUCGCUCCCUGCAUUGUCGGCAAAUCGACCAUGUUCCGCAAAUCACAUCUUAACAGUCUUACUGGUGGACAAGGUAUCGAUUACUUCUCCGAGAACAUUUGCGAGGAUCAUCUCAUUGGAGAUCUACUCUGGAAGGGCAAGGUUCCGGAAGAAGAGCGUGGUGAGAAAUGGGGCAAGCAUGCUCAAGUAUUUGGUGAUUUGGCGAUUCAGCCAAUGGCUGGUAUGAGUGUGGCUGAAUAUAUCGCUCGUCGAAGCAGAUGGCUCAGAGUGAGAAAGUUCACGGUCACAUUGGCCACGUUUGUUGAGCCUGGCACAGAGAGUUUCUUGUGCUCCCUUUAUGGUGCUUUUGCAUUCACAACACUGCCAUUCUUCCACCACAAGCUCGGCGUGCCCCAAACAUGGACAGCUUUCGUGUUUUUCUGGGCGAUCAGUGUGUGCACCUGGUGCUAUAUCGAUUGGACGCUCUACUGCAAACUCCACUCUUGCGCAUCCGUCCAAGUCGACGAAAACACACCAUCAUUCGCACGUCCUCCGAAAGAAGGAAAGCAACGACCAUUUGUUGUCUGGCUAUUCGCAUGGCUCGCGCGAGAAACUCUGGCACUUCCAAUCUGGACAUGGGCUGUCUACGGAGGCGUUACUGUCGUCUGGAGAGGCAAGAAAUUGUGGGUUGGUAUGGACAUGAAGGUGCAUGAGAUCAAGUCUGACAGCACCACAUCUGUUACAACAAGUUUACUCGAUGCAUCAAAAGCGAGGACGGACUAG